AUGAGCAAAGAUAAUAAUAAUUCAUCUACAGAAGUUUCCAGAAAACCUACCUUAUCAUCAAAAGUCGUCAAAUUAUUUGGCGGAGGUUCUAAGACAGCUAGCAAAAAUGAUAUUAAUAAGUCUUCAUCAAAUGCUAAUAUAACAAAGAACCCACCAAACAUAAACACUACUAAGCGUAAAGACUCCUCAUCAUUAGGUAAGGAACCUAAGACUCCAUCACCAAACACAUCCAAAUCAUCGUUUGAUGAAUAUCAUUUAAUAGACUCUACAGAGCAUGAAAAAUCAUCCACUUCGGCUCCAUCAUCAAUUGCAUCCUCAGUAUCUGCAGUGUCAUUAGUAGCCACACCAGGUGCUACAAGUUCUAUGUCCAAAUUCAAUAUUCCAAUAACACCAAAAAGUUCAGGCUCUUCAAAAUCACACAAUAUAACAAUGCUUAGUCAUACGAACCAUCCAAACGAACUUUAUUUCUAUCCACCAAUUCCAGGUAAACCAGCAAUAUCUCAGAAACCAGGAGUGACACAGAAACCAACUUCAAUGUCCCCAAAACCAACACUAUCACCCAAACCAACCUUGUCACCUAAACCAACACUAUCGCCCAAACCAACAUUAUCUCAAAAACCAGCAGUAUCGUCAUCUACCACUCCAUCAAGUACAAAUCUGCAAUGCAAGAGGUUUAUGGCUCUCAAAAAUGGUAAACAUGAACACCAUUUAAAGAAUGCUAAGAGACAAGAGAAAUUAUCUACGAUGCUUAAAAACAUGGUUGGUGCCCAAAAGUUAAGAGGUGAAGCCAGAAGUGCUGUCCCUGAUUUAAUGCUUGAUAAACCAUUGCUACAUUGUCCACCAAGUCUAAUUUCUGGUUUGGUGAAACAAAUGACCAGUGCUGAGGGAGAAAGUAAUAAUUCUUCAAUGAUGUCUUUUAAUAAAUUGGAUAAGAAGAUAUACAACAAGAAGGGAGAAUUACAAACUGUCAACACGGAUACUCGUUGCUUUGCUGAGAAAUAUGGUAGAUGUCAAGAAGUUCUUGGUAAGGGGGCAUUUGGUACUGUGAGGAUAUGUCAUAAGAAGGAUCCAAAACAAGAAAAAGAACUUCUUUUUGCUGUUAAGGAAUUUAAGAAGAAAAGCUCAGAACCAUUUGAAAAAUACUCUAAAAGGUUAACAUCUGAAUUUUGCAUUUCUUCAUCAUUACACCAUAUAAACAUUGUUACCACUCUGGAUCUUUUCCAAGAUGCAAAGGGAGAAUACUGUGAAGUCAUGGAAUAUUGUUCUGGUGGUGAUUUAUUUUCCUUAAUUGUUUCUGCGGGGAAAUUAGAAUAUGCUGAAGCAGACUGUUUCUUCAAACAAUUAAUGCGUGGUGUUGUGUAUAUGCAUGAUAUGGGUGUGUCUCAUCGUGAUUUAAAACCAGAAAAUCUUCUACUAACAUCUGAUGGUGUCUUAAAGAUAACGGAUUUCGGUAAUAGUGAAUGCUUUAAGAUGGCAUGGGAAGAUGACAUUCAUUUGAGUGGAGGUGUUUGUGGCUCAAGUCCUUAUAUUGCACCUGAAGAAUACAUUAAAGAGGAAUUUGAUCCAAGAUGUGUUGAUAUUUGGGCAUGUGGUGUUAUUUAUAUGGCUAUGAGAACUGGAAGGCAGUUAUGGGAUUUUGCCAAGAAGAGUGAUGCAUUUUAUGGGAAAUAUAUUAUGGGCAGAAAGGAAAAAGGUGGUUAUGAACCUAUAGAGAAAUUAAAGAGAGCAAGAUGUAGAAAUGUGAUCUAUUCUAUGUUAGAUCCUGUUCCACAUCGUAGAAUCAAUGGGAAGCAAGUAUUAAAUUCUGAAUGGGGGAGAGAAAUUAAAUGUUGUGUGGCGAAUCAUUCAACGCCAGUGAAGGCUUAA